AAAUAACCUACGAAUAUAGAAAUAGAGUGUAUAGUAUUUCUAUGAGAGAAGCGAUCAAGCCGAUCAAUAAAGAUUCGAGUGUUUCAGUCUGCUUGCUAAGAGCUAACUACUGAGGGAAUUCAGUGUUUAGUGGAACGAGCUGAGGCUCGAUCUUUGCUAUUUGGAUACGGGUUUUUAUUGCACAAGAGUAAAUCAAAAGGUGUAAUAAAUUCGAGUUUAAAAUCCUAAAAUCAAUACAAUCAAUCUUUGUUCGGAGUGUGUGCCUUGUAUAUAACUUACAAAAAUGUCCCGGGUAACUAGAAGGAAGCAUGUAAUGAAUGAAAAUACAUGGGAUGAUGAUGAGUUACCUAAGGAGAACCAAAGCAUUGUAAAAGUGUUGAAGAACAGAGGAAACAAUUUACAUGCGGUAAUAACCCCAACUGGUGAAGAAUACUUAGUAUCCAUGCCAACUAAAUUCAGAAAUAACAUUUGGGUGGGACGAGGCUCAUAUAUUGUUGUUGAACCGAUACCUGAAGGAGACAAAGUAAAAGCUGAAGUAGUGAAAAUAAUGAAUAAAAACUCUAUAAAAUAUUAUAAAGAAAAGAAUGUUUGGCCAAAAGAGUUUGACGAUGCACAACCGGAAAUGAGUGAUGAGGACGAUGAUGAUAUGUUUGCCAACUGUAAUAGAGAUCCGGCAUACUGUAAUAGUGACACCGAUUCAGAUGACGAUGAUGAUGACAGUAGUGAUAAUAUGAGUGACACGGACAGUGGUAACGAUAGUGAUACUCGUACGAGAUAAUUAUUUAUUAUAAUAUUACAUUUUAUAAGUAUUUAAUAUUAUGUUGUUAUGUUGAGGAAAUCUUUUCUCUCUAGGUAUGCACCAAUGCAUUUGAGUAUUUUUUUGUUUAUAUACUCACCUUUAAUUUUAGGCAACUAUGGAUAGUUAAGUACUAGUACAGUAGUAUUUUUUAGAUUUGUAUACAUCAUACCUUUAAAAAGACAAACAUUCUAAAAAUGAGUUUGAAUAUCCUUAUGUGAUUGUAGUGACUGGAGUGUGCUCAAUAUUGAACUCAUUUAUAGAGAUUUUACCCUUUAUACUGUUGUCUUACCAAAUAUAAUAUGACAUGUAGUAAGCUUUUUAAAUGAUCUAGUGAAAUAAAAAAAACAAAUGUAAUCGUCAUAUUGUUUAUAGGACAUUUUAU